AUGGUUAAAGUUAUGGAAUUUACAUAUUCCUCCGAAGGUUGUCUGAUGAGUCUGCGCUACAUCUUUUUGCUUUUUGUGUGGAAGCAAAAUGGAUUUGGAUUAAUAUGGGGCUGGCGCAUUUUUGUUUAUAUUCUGUUGCCUUAUUUUGUAAUGGCUUGCUGGGCUAUUUGGUCAGGGAGAAACGACAGUGUGUGGAAUGACAUUGUGUUUAACUCGAGUGUGUUCAUCCAAAGGGCUUUUAGUUUUUUGGAGGGAUGGUUGAGUGCGAAUGCGAUGGGGACUGAUCACAGUGUUGCUGAUCCUGUUGUGCGCUGGAUGAGGCCAUGGCAAGGGUGGUAUAAACUGAACUCGGAUGCUUCUUUGGAUCAAGGUACAAACCGUAUGGGGCUAGGCUGGGUGAUACGUGAUGAUCCGGGGAGGUUCAUGGCUGCUAAGAAUAUGAUUCUUGAUGGAUUUUACCGGGUGAAGGAGGCCGAGGCCAUGGGUCUACGGGAGGCUUUGAGUUGGUUGAAAGGCACCGGCAUGGGAGGAGUGGAAAUUGAAAUGGAUUCACAAGUACUUUUUCAUGCCAUUCGUUCUGCUGCUUUUAAUUCUGCUUUUGGUUUACUGGUAGAUGAUAUUAAAAAUUUAGCAUCUGACAUAGGAGAUGUUGAAUUUAAUUGUGUUAGGCGGUCUGCGAAUAGUGCAGCCCAUACUCUUGCUAGGGCGGUCUUUUCUAUGUCAGAUUGCGGGGAGUGGUUAGAUUCUCCACCUUCUUUUCUUGUAAACGUUCUUGAAGCUGAUUUAAUGAAUUAA